AUUGAGCGCGUCUUGCUCGACGUCAUCACCGAUACCCAACGCGCAUCGACUACGCCCGAGGGUCUUACAGACACACCAUCAGCUGCCAGUUAGCGCAAGACUACUGCCAUACAAGUUGGCAUAGGAUAGCUGUUCGCCAUGUCUUUGACGCACAGGGUGACCACCACCGAGGAGUAUGACGGGCCGUGGAGUCGCGAGGCAAGCCCGGACAGCAGGCAUCGCAAAAUGUCCUUCAACCCUCUGGACUCCCCCGGCACAUGGACACCCGCUCCGUUCGAAGAACCGAUAGGCGCCUUCGAGGUGCCCAAGUGGAAGAGGAUACUCCAGGUCUUCUCCGCCGUAAUGUAUUGUCUCUUCGCGGCUGGCGUCGUUUUCGGUUUCGCGGCGAUAAAACCCGUGCUGCUCGAGGAGGGCGUGUAUAGGGACCAGUGUACAGACAAGGAACUGGAGGGUGACGUGCCGGUGUGUUACGGACAAGAGCUGCGGCUCAACCUGAUGUUCACUGUAGCAGCCGUCUCCACCAACGUUGUCGCCCUGCCCGUCGGCACCAUUCUCGAUCGCUUUGGCCCUCGCGUGAGUGGCAUCGUCGGCGCCAUCUUCAUUAUCAUCGGCUCGCUCCUCUUCGCCUUUGCGGGCGACAUUCCAUUCGAUGCCUAUAUUCCCGGCUAUCUGUUCCUUGCAUUGGGUGGUCCAUUCAUAUUUAUUUCCUCGUUCCAGCUCAGCAAUACGUUCCCGCAGUACUCUGGUCUGAUCCUCGCUCUCUUGACGGGCGCAUUCGAUACCUCGAGCGCCGUUUUUCUGGCGUAUCGUCUGAUCUACCAGGCUACCGAUGGCGCAUUUUCGCCCAAGAAGUUCUUCUUGAUAUAUCUGGUGGUGCCGGCCUACAUCCUCGUUGUGCAGAUUUUCUUCAUGCCCUCGACCUCGUACAAGACGGUCGGCGAGCUGACACAGACUGUGGAGAACACCGCCAACGAGAUUAUCCACGACUCGGACGAUGAGAUCGAGGACGAGAGAAUGGUUCAGCAGCUCCGGGACGCGCGUCGUAUACACCGCGAUAGUAUUGUCAGCCAGAUCACCGAACUGCUGGGCACCAAGGACGCAACCACCCAGACAAAAGAGGAGGUCAAGAAGAAGAACAUCUCAGGUGUCUGGGGCGCACUCCACGGAAAGACCGCAGCACAACAAAUACGCACGCCCUGGUUCAUCCUUAUCACGCUCUUCACCGUCUUGCAAAUGCUGCGGAUCAACUACUUCGUCGCUACCAUCCGCUCGCAGUACACAUUCCUGUUUCAUAGCGCUGUGAAAGCCAAGGAUAUUAACAACUUCUUCGACAUCGCAUUGCCGGUGGGUGGUGUGAUAUCCAUUCCGUUUAUCGGGCUCUUGCUCGACAACACCAGCACUACCUUCUGCAUGGCCAUGCUCGUGACCAUCGCCACGACCAUCGGCGUCUUGGGUGUCAUCCCAGAAACAUGGGCCGCCUACGGAAACAUCAUCCUCUUCGUCCUGUAUCGGCCUCUGUACUACACCGCCGUCUCCGACUACUCUGCCAAAGUCUUUGGCUUCGCAACCUUCGGCAAAGUCUACGGCCUCAUCAUCUGCCUCGCCGGCAUCCUCAACUUUGCGCAAUCUGGCCUCGACGCUGCGACCCACCUCACUUUCCACGAUAACCCCAUCCCCAUCAACGUCAUCUUGCUGUCCAGUGCACUAUUGGUAGGUCUUGGGCUGGUGGGUUUCGUGGCAAAGAAGAGCCACAAGAUCCACCGAGAAAACAUCGAGGACGAGGCGGAGGGCGCGAGGGAGCGGCUCAUGCCUGGGGCGGAUAUUAGUGUGGCAGAUUAUGGGAGUGUGAAUCACGGGGAUAGCGAGGAGAGGGGCAGACGUCAGUGAAUAGGAGGGCGUGAGUCGAGCUAGAAUAUUUGAUCGGGCGACUUCGUUUGGGCUCACGACAUGUUGGUACGAUUCUCUUUUUGCAUCGGAUGGCCUUUUCGAAUUCGGAUAGCAUGCAACGCGUUCUUGACUCUCUAUUACGAUACGAGCUGGAGUUUGAUGCGAGCGUUGGAUGUUCUCAUUUUAA